GUCUAAUAAAAUCUUAAAACAUGGGAGCAGUUUUAGGAUUGUGUUCCGCAGCACAGUGCGCUCUGUGCUGUACUGGUACCGCAGCUUCGAUGUGCUGCAGCGCCUGUCCAUCAUGCAAAAAUUCAACAUCUUCCCGAUUCAUGUAUGCCUUUAUGCUACUUGUGGGCACAAUUUUGGGUGCCAUUGCCCUUUCGCCUGGCCUACAGGGAACUUUAAAGAAAUUACCAUUCUGUAUCAAUUCAACAUCGUCGACUAGUUCCAAAGCUUUGGAUGCAUUUUCCGGAGGUUCUCUGCAAUUCGAUUGUGAAUAUGCUCUUGGUUAUAUGGCUGUAUAUCGUAUAUGUUUUGGUCUGGCAUGUUUCUUUGCCCUUAUGGCUUUGAUAAUGGUUGGCGUAAAAUCAUCACGAGAUCCGCGAUCUCACAUACAAAAUGAAUUUUGGGGAUUGAAGUUCUUGAUAUGUUUCGGUGCCACAAUUGGAGCCAUAUUUAUACCAGAUGGUUCAUUUGGACCAGCUAUGAUGUGGGUUGGCCUAAUAGGUGGUUUAUUGUUUAUUCUCGUACAAUUGGUAAUAAUUGUGGAUUUUGCACAUUCGCUGGCAGAAAAUUGGAUUGAAAAUGCUGAAAACAAUCGUGGCUACUAUUUUGCCUUAGUAUUUGUAACAUUAUUAAGCUAUGGCUUGUCGAUUGCUGGAAUUUCUCUGCUCUAUAUAUACUUUACACAUACUGGUGGCUGUGGUCUCAACAAAUUCUUUAUUUCAUUCAAUCUUAUACUAUGUGUUUUGGUUAGUGUUCUUUCGGUUCUACCAGCUGUUCAAGAAAGAUUACCCCAAUCUGGUUUACUGCAAAGUUCAUUGGUUACAUUGUAUACGAUUUAUUUGACAUGGUCAGCUGUUGCCAAUAAUCCAGAAAAAGAUUGUAAUCCUGGUAUGUUUAAUAUAAUUGAGGGUAAUACCAGCAUUACUAGUACUGUGGCACCACCUACACCCAGCUCAAAGGUUACAUUCGAUACCACAAACAUUAUUGGUUUGGUUGUAUGGAUGCUUUGCAUUCUAUAUAACUGUAUAAGUUCGGCUGUGGAGGUAUCCAAAAUCAAUAAUGAUGGCGAAAAACGUGUUUUAACAGAAGUUUUAUCAGAUGCAGAAACUGGCAGCGAUGGCAAAGUCAACAGUGAUAAUGAAACCGAAAGUGUUACAUACUCAUGGUCAUUAUUUCACAUUGUGUUCGUAUGUGCAUCGCUUUAUGUUAUGAUGACCUUAACCAAUUGGUACAAGCCAAAUUCUGAUAUUGAGCUAUUUAAUGCUAAUGCUGCUUCUAUGUGGAUAAAAAUUAUAUCCAGCUGGAUGGGCAUAUUUAUAUACGGUUGGAGUUUGGUAGCACCUGCCGUACUGACCAAUCGUGAAUUCAAUUAAAUAUCUUAGCUAUUUAGUAU